AUGGCUCCGUACGGCAGGCUCUCUACCCUUGGUAGUGGCAAUGCACCCUUCCCAACUCGACAGAUGGCUAUCCUGGCACUUUGCCGGAUAUGUGAGCCAAUAGCAUUCAUGUCCAUCUUCCCUUACGCAUACUUCAUGGUCGAAGACUUCUCGGUUGGAAAAGGCAAGGCCGAAAUAGCCAUGUACACAGGCAUGGUUACAUCGUCAUUUGCCUUCAUGGAGUGCAUCAGCGGAAUCUUCUGGGGCCGAUUGAGCGACAGGAUUGGGCGAAAAAAGGUUCUACUUGGGGGCCUGUUCGGCACUGGGUUGAGCAUGCUUCUUUUCGGAUUUGCGCGAAGUCUGCCCAUGGCAUUGGUUGCUCGGGCUCUCGGAGGUUUACUGAACGGGAACAUCGGCGUUCUCCAAACAACGGUUGCGGAGCUGGUGACGGAUGAAAAGCACCAACCGCGUGCUUAUUCCAUUAUGCCUUUCGUAUGGUGCCUUGGCACUAUCAUCGGCGCAACACUUGGCGGUGUCCUUGCACGUCCCGCGAAGGCAUGGACACCUUUCGUUGGCACCAUUUUCGAAACAUACCCGUACCUUCUUCCGAAUCUGGUUUGCGCUGCAGUGGUGGUGUUUGGGCUGGCUGUUGGUAUCCUCUUUUUGGAAGAGACGCACGAAGAUCGGAAAUUCGACCGGGAUUCUGGAUGCGCGGCAGGGCAGUGGCUCCUGCGAAAAGUCUGGAAGCGAGAUGUACCCGCGACAUUUUCCGACAAGGAUGCGCUGCUUGACGAGAUGAGGAGCAUGCUCGCAGAUCACGACAGCAAACCACAAGGCUUCCAAAGCAACAACAGCUCGCCAACCCUGUGCAGCACCCGUACUUCAAUUUCGGAACCGCCUUCAUUUUUCCUCGACAAGGAAGCGCCACAAGCGCCGACUCUUCGACAGGCCUUCUCGAAGCAAGUGUGUUUGAACAUUGUGUGCUACGGCAUCCUUGCCUUCCACACAAUUUCCCUGGAACAACUCCUGCCUAUCAUGAUGUCGAAACAAGUGCCAAAGCACGAGGCGCAGCAACUCCCAUUCUACUUCUCCGGAGGAUUCGGCUGGACGACGCAGAAGACAGGAGGGUUUCUGGCCAUGCAAGGUGCUCUCCAAAUGAUUGCCCAGGUCUUCCUCUUCCCCUACCUCAGCAAGAAGCUUGGGAGUCUGCGCACAUUCUGGAUCACCCUAUCUUUGUACCCGCUUCUUUACAUCCUCGCCCCCUACCUGGCGCUCCUUCCGACAAACCUUCGAACUCCCGGCCUUAUGGUGCUGCUUGUGGCCAAAGUCACGUUCCAAUCGCUUUCCUACCCAUCUCUCGCCAUCAUCUUGGCCAAUUCUUCGCCAUCGAAACGAGUUCUUGGAACGUUAAACGGGGCCGCUGCAUCGGCAGCCAGCAUCUCGCGCGGUUUCGGCCCAACAAUAUCCGGUGCCAUGGACAGCUGGGGUGAGCACAUUGGCAUGUCUGGCCUCGCUUGGUGGACAAUCGCAGGUGUCGCGUUUCUCGGCUGGGCACCAGGUUUCUUCCUGCAAGAGGGCAACAAGCGAUCGAUCUACGCCAGAAUACCCGAGGACGAGGAGUCGCUGGCCGACUCCAUGUCCGACACGGCGUCCAUCAUCACACUCACGGCCGAUGAGCCCGUGGAAACGGUCCUCUCCAAAUAG